GUAUCGCUGCUGUUGCGAUCAACGAGCAGGGCUAAAAACGUUUGUUGCUUUCCACAUCUGUGUUUCUCCGUGUCUCUCCGUGUCUUCGGCUUUCACAGAGUCGUCUUGCCACUUUCGUGCUAUUCCGAUCAGUGUCGAGAGGCAUCGGCUACACAUCGAGACGAAAACGUUCCUGCUGACAGCGGCGGUACGACUACGCGCGACUGCCGGAUGGCGCCGGCAAGCGUCAGCUCAGCGCUGCUGCUUUCACCGACGAUUCUCUGUGGCUUAAUUCUCCUCAGCGUCGCUCCUCGCUCAGCGUCCAAGUAUCACCAGUGUUGAGAGGUGUCGGUUUAGCAAGGCGAAUACAUUCCUGUUGUGAGCACCCGUGGCUGUGAAUCAGUCCGUGCGAUUGCGGAAUGGCGUCGACAUCAGCCACUGUCGGCUUGCCGCCAGAUUCUCAAGCACCCGUCGAUAUCGGAGACAAUAGCACAUACAGCCACCCAAAUGGAGUCACUGCUUGGUGUGAAGACAUGCGGGAGUGGCCAAAUGUGAAUGCGGCAGAUAUUAUAUUUUACCUCGUGAACUCCAAGGCAUGUGAUUUUCAACAGAUCAAAAACUUCAGGGCCCUCGAGUCCUAUAACUACGUGCAAAGUGGGUGGGUGGGGAAAGUUUUCACUCACAAGAUCUCGAGUGACUUAUGUUACGUGAAGGGCACGGUAAGCCCUUCUCAGUCCCUGAAUGCAACACCAAGGACUGCUUGGGCGUGCGUGAAACAAUGCGGAGAAGUUGUCACAGCCGGAUGCACUUGCAUGGCCGGGCUAGGAAAAGCCUGUAGCCACGUCGGUGCAAUCUUAUGGAAAAUAGAAAUGGCUGUGGCAAAAGGCUAUACUACAACUUCUUGCACAGACAGGGCUGCAUUGUGGAACAGUGGCACAAAACGCAAUGUUGAACCAGCCACGCUUGAAGAAAUAACUUUCAAGGUGCAGAAGCAGGUUGUGGAUGAUCCCCUCCCAAAGCGGCAAAGACCAUCAUUUGUGCCAAUGACCCGAGAAGAAAUCCGCAAAUUUCAUGCUGAGUCACCAUUUCCAUACCUAUUUGAUACCCCAGGCACUCUUCUCUAUGAGACGUUCCAUCCAAGCAUGCAGCGGCAAGUGCCUCCACCACCAGCCAAUGAUGGGAAUGAGCAUGGCGACCACGGAAACGAAAGCUGUGCGGUGUGCACUACAUUUUAUGAAAAGUAUGUGGCAUUGUCACCCCGUGGUGCUGAGGUGCUUCAGUCAGAAACUGCAAGCCAAGCAACGCCACUGUGGUUUUUUUCGCGGAAGCUACGUUUGACUGCCUCAAAUGUCAACAAGGUACCGAAAAGAGAGACUACGGGAUGCGAGAAAGCAGCCAUGAGGAUGCUUUCCACCAGCUUUUCUGGCAAUGCUGCCACCAAGUAUGGCAAACAGAUGGAGCCUGUUGCCCGAAAGCAGUUUUCAAAAAAGACUGGGCUUACUGUAAACCAAAUAGGAACAGUGGUGAACACUGAGCUGCCGUGGCUUUCAGCUAGUCCGGAUGGAAUUAUUGAAGGAAUGGAUGCCAUUCUUGAAAUCAAGUGUCCCAACAUGAAUGACUGUGUGCCACUUAUCAGUAGUGGCAAGUAUGAUGUGCGGCUAAACAAAGAUGCCGAACUUGUACUUCAAGAGAGUGGGCCAAAUGGCUAUUACAGCCAGGUCCAGUUUCAGAUGCUCUGCACCAAGACCCAGAUAUGCUUUUUUUAUGUAUGGAGUGUGGAAAAUGAUGUCAUUGUUCAAGUGCCUUUUGAUCCCAAGUAUGUGUCGCAGACUUUACCACGGCUGAAAAAAUUCUAUUUUUCAGAGCUACUUCCUCGCUUGUUAGAUUCACACACCAGUGGCAAAAUGGAUAUACUUCAUCGAUAUAAGCAUAUUUGCUCAUUAUAGUUGAAUUCACGCACUUAUCGACAUUCCUAUUAUUAGUGAGAAGCUUUGCCGCAAUUUGAACAAAGUGACCGUUCCCCUUACCUCUCUUUCUCUGCGUACGGCAACCUCGCAUCGAAUUCAGCCUUCAACGUCGUGCAUAGCCCGGGUUGUCAUUCAAAGCGUUAUGUAUGUUAUAGAAUUUGUCGUCCUACCUCGUUCCUCACACGACGUUAUUCUUGGAUGGAAUUUCCUAUCUGUCAAUCAAGCUCUUAUCGACUGCGCUCGUGCCGAACUUACGUUAUCAGUGCCGUGCUUCGACCCUGACGACCAUUUUUCUCCUAAAGUUGUUGCCGCCUCUGACAUCGAUACCGCACCUUGCUCCGCCGCUCUGGUUCCUGUGUCAUGUAACUCUGCUGCGAACUCAUCUGUUCUGUUUACACCGUCGGCCACUUGUGUGCGCCGCCGGAACUUUCUGCUUCCGUUUGCUGUCGUCACUUUUUGCGACGGUUCUGCUGCCCUUUACGUCUGCAAUCCGUCCGCCUGCCCAUCAUCCCUACUCCGCGGCGAGUGCCUGGGUACAGCUGAAGCUUUCGAUAGCGUUCUCCCGGCCACCAUGUUUGGUGAUACGGCAUCACUUCCGAUUUGUUCCGUCACUAAUCUUGGCGCGACUGAUGCCCCUGCAGACGUCUUCGCUCGUGCCGUCAACGCAGAACUCACACCUGCGCAGCAAACAGAAAUCAUCAAACUCCUCCAACGUUUUCGUUCCUCAUUUGACAUUGACCAACCAUCCUUGGGUCGAGCAUCCGCAGUCGUUCACCGUAUCGACACCGGUCAACAAACACCAUUGCGCCAGCGUCCCUAUUGUGUGUUGGCUGCUGAACGCCAUAUCAUCGACCAGCACGUUGACGACAUGCUGGAGCGUGGCAUCAUCCAGCCCUCCAACAGUCCCUGGGCAUCUCCGGUUGUCCUCGUUAAAAAAAAGGAUGGCUCUAUUCGGUUCUGCGUAGACUAUCGCCGUCUUAUCCGAAUAACGCGCAAAGAUGUCUAUCCUCUGCCGCGCAUAGACGAUGCCUUGGACUGUCUGCAGGGAGCGGAAUUCUCUUCGUCGCUGGAUUUGCGGUCCGGGUACUAGCAAGUGCCAAUGGCAGAGGCCGAUCAUCAAAAGACGGCCUUCGUAACGCCUGAUGGGCUAUAUAAAUUUACUGUCGUGCCGUACGGCCUCUGCAACGCGCCUGCCACUUUCGAGCGAAUGAUGGACACCAUUCUUCGAGGGCUGAAGUGGAAAACGUGCCUCUGUUAUUUAGAUGAUAUUGUGGUUUCUUUCUACCGACUUUGCAUCACACCUCAACCUCCUCGAGCAAGUAUUUGCGUGCCUCUCCACAGCAGGACUCCAACUAAAUUUGAAGAAAUGCCACUUCGGCGCUCGUACGCUUACUAUUCUCGGCCAUGUAGUUUCAAAAGACGGUAUCCUUCCGGACCCCACUAAACUUAACGCCGUAUCCGAGUUCCCUAAACCAACCACCAUGAAAGAGCUUCACAGCUUCAUCGGCCUGUGCUCAUAUUUCCGACGCUUUGUCGGUAACUUUGCCUCUGUCAUUGCCCCCUUGACGCAGCUUCUCACCGGCAGUUCUGACCUAUCAGCCUGGUCCUCGGCGUGCGACGACGCAUUCCAAGAACUACGACGCGUUCUCACCUCGCCUCCAGUACUGCGACACUUCGAUCCCUCUGCCCCAACUGAGAUCCAUACGGACGCUAGUGGUGUCGGGCUCGGCGCUGUUCUCGCACAACGCAAGGAUGGCUUCGAAGAGUACGUCGUCGCGUAUGCCAGCCGCAUCCUUACCAAAGCCGAGGCGAACUACUCGGUUACUGAGAAGGAAUGUCUGGCCAUCAUUUGGGCUAUCGGCAAAUUUCAUCCUUAUGUGUACGGGCGUCCAUUUGACAUCGUGACCGACCAUCAUGCCCUAUGCUAAUUAUCUUCACUAAAAGAUCCAACUGGUCGGCUUGCCCGUUGGGCAUUGCGCCUACAAGAGUACGACAUCCGCGUUGUUUACCGCUCAGGCCGAAAGCAUUAAGACGCCGACGCUCAAUCCCGGUCACCCCUGCCCUAUGGUCCUGUCCAUUCGUCUAUCUCUACCUGCGGUGCCUUCGCCCUCAACAUUUCCGACAUGCCAUCAGAGCAGCGCAAAGACCCAUGGAUUUCUUCGCUUAUUGACUUCCUGUCCAGCCAGUCGCCAGCACCGAUCUCUCGGACGCUUCGUUGCCAAGCCACGCACUUCAUCAUUCGGGAUAACCUGCUGUACCGCCGCAACAAUUCCAGCGGCCGUAAGUGGUUGCUUGUUAUACCCCGACACCUCCGCUCCGACAUCUGCGCCACGUUCCACGACGACCCACAAUGCGGCCACGCUGGUGUAUUAAAGACAUACUCUCGCCUCCAGCUUCGGUACUACUGGCGCGGUAUGUACCGUUUCGUUUGCCAGUAUGUUUGGUCAUGCCACAUAUGCCACCGACGCAAGACGCCACCUCAACAUGCCACCGGCCCCUUGCAACCUUUACCAUGCCCUGCACGCGCGUUCGACCGCGUCGGCAUUGACCUAUACGGUCCGCUUCCCAACACUCCAAGCGGCAACCGCUGGGUUAUUGUUGCUAUCGACCACCUCACGCGGUACGCUGAAACUUCAGCCCUAGCAUCUGUCACAGCAAAAGACGUCACCAGUUUUCUCCUUCCAAAUCUGAUUUUACGCCAUGGAGCACCUCGAGAAUUACUGAGCGACAGCGGUCGCGUUUUUCUCUCAGACGUCAUUGCAGCUUUGCUAAAGGAGUGUCGCAUCAUUCACCGCACUACCACAGCAUAUCAUCCUCAAACUAAUGGGAUGACGGAACGUUUCAACCGCACCCUUGGUGACAUGAUGGCCAUGUAUGCUUCAUCUGACCACUCGAAUUGGGAUCGCAUUCUACCUAUCGUCACCUACGCUUACAAUACCACCACGCAAAGCACCACUGGGUUCUCCCCUUUCUUUCUUCUUUACGGACACGAACCUUCAUGCACUAUGGACACGAUUCUACCUUACCGGCCAGAUGCUUCGGAGUGGACAACUGUUUCUAGAGCGGCUGCUUACGCCGAAGAAUGUUGCCAGCUCGCUCGUUCGUUCACAUCCCAGGACCAGUGGCGUCAAAAGCUUCGCCACGAUUCAUCCACUACGGCUAGGUGCUUUGCACCUGGCUCGCUGGUCUGUUUGUGGGUGCCCUCUACUCCUCCAGGCCUUUCCUCCAAGCUGCUCUCCAAGUACCACGGUCCUUAUCGGGUACUCAAACAAACAUCCGCGGUCAACUACCUCAUCGAGCCACUCGAAACGCCUUCCGACCAGCGUCGUCGGGGCCAGGAAAUUGUCCACGUCUGCCGGCUGAAGCAGUGCCAUGACCCACCUGUGAUCUCCUGUCCUUGAGUCGCCAGGAUGGCUACUCUUUCGGUGGGGAGUGAUUGUACUGAAGGCACUGGGCAGUGGGCAUGGUGCUGGUGCAUGAGAAGACGACGAGAAGUGCUUGCUUACCCGUUACGAUAUAGCGCCGACCUGUUUAAGCCUAGCGCUACAACCUAUAACUAGUGACCCUUCUGCUAGGCGAACACCCCCGUUGCAAUGCACAUUGUCGUAGCAAGUGUAAAACCAGGCAUCAUCAUAUUCAGCUUGAUCACGCCCACUGCAGGGCAAAGGCCUCUGUCGUAUCACUCCAAUUAAUCCGGUCCUGUGCUAUUCGCGACCAUGUUAUCCUCACAAACUUCUUAAUCUCAUCUGCCCAUCCAAUUUUCUGCCGCCCCCUGCUACGCUUGCCUUCUCUUGGAAUCCAGUCAGUUUAAGGACCGUUUAUAUUGCCUUCUCAUUACAUGCCCUGCCCAUGUCCAUUUGUUCUUCUUUAUUUUGAUGAGGAUGUCAUUGACUCGCAUUUGUUCUUUGACCAGCUAAGCCCUCUUUUUGUCCCUUAACGUUACACCUAUCAUUUUUCUUUCCGUGGCUCGCUGUGUAGUCCUCAAUUUAAGUUGAACCCUUUUGGUAAGCCUCCAGGGUUCGGCCCCAUAGGUGAGCCCCGGUAAGAAGCAGCUGUUAUAUAAUUUCUUCUUGAGGGAUAUUGGUAAACUGCCAUUCAUAAAACCAGGCAUGUGGGGACAUAUAUAUUCUUUAAGUGUCAAGACUAUCACUUCAGUUAUUUUUUUCGUUCGAGGAAAGUGACAGUCACAACCCACAUUGUACACUCACACACUUUUGCAGGCCGUGCUUAAUUUGUGAUGUGUUUCACCAAGUUUCGUCUUUUUGCAGCAAGGAAAUGCUCUUCCCUUUUAUGGCAUCAUUUCGAUAUUAAUUGCCAUUAUCAAGUGUGUCCACUGCAGGACAAAGGCAUAUCCCACAAAUCAAUCCUAUGCUAUGCCAGCUGCAGCCAAUUUGCCCGUGCAAACUUCCUAAUCCCAUCUGCCUGAUUAUCUGCCUAACCCUGCUACCAUUCACUUCUCUUAGACUGCUAUAUCUCUAAGGGAACAUUGAUCGUGUUGCCUUGGAAUCGCAUGCCAUGCCCAUUUUUUUCUUGGUUGAGCUAGGGUACCAUUAUCUCGUGUUCGUUCCUGAACCACUCUGCUCUCUUCCUGUCUCUUAAUGUUGCCCCCUAUAAUUUUCCUUUUCACAGCUCAAUGCGUUGUCCAUUUUGCUAGCAUCCACAUUUCUGCCUCAGAAGCGAGUACAGGUAAAGUACAGCUAUUAUAAAUGUUCCUCUCAAAGGAUACUCGUAAUCUGCUGUUCGUGAUCAGAGUGUCUCCUAAGUUCACUCCAUAUCAUUCUUAUUGUUUAUUUCGCUCACAUGGUCCGAAUAUGCGGUCAUUACCUGCCAUAAGUACACAUACUCUCUUUACCACUUCCAAUGUUUUGCAGGAAAGUAAACUGUGGUUCCGUUUAGAGGGUGUUGAAGAUUACUUUAGUCUUCUACAUAAUAAUAUUUAGAGUCACCAGUUUGCUUAGCCUGUCUAGCUUCUCAGUCACGUUCUGCAAUCCAUACCUGCCAACCUGGCGAGAUAAAAAAAUCGGGAGACUUUAUUUGCGGCAAUGGAGGGGGUGGGCC